AUGUUGGAUGUGGAAGUCGUCCCGGAACUGGCUAUCCGCCAUAAAAACUGGGAGCUUUUGCUGGGUAUGCCUUUGCAGCAAAUGAUGGAUAUCUUGCGAAAACAAGACAGCGUCAUCAAAUCUGUGGAUUUCUGGCACAAUGCAAAGUCUCCAUUUGCUUCCAACCUGGCGGUGGUUCUCCCGGCCGACGGAGUUCGGUUCCAUUUCGAUCCAGUGCUACAACGAUUGCGUCUGAUCGAAGUAUACGAUUUGUCCCGAAUAACCUUGCGCUACUGGUCUCAGUAUUUCAACAGUCCGUCGGUCACACCGACUCUGCAUGAAGUGCUGCGAAUUUUCGGCUCCANUAAACCGCUCCAUUUGAACGUAAACCCGACACGUGAGCCUCAAACACGGCGCUUCAUUCGCACAUUACAGUUUGGCGCGACCAUUCAGGACGUAUUAGCUACCCUGGGUUCGCCAAGCCGCAUUUUUUACAAGACUGAGGAUAAGAUGCAAAUUCAUAUGCCCAAAUGGUACCGUCUCGAUCAACCACGUCGCUCUGAUUAUUUUUUCAACUAUUUCACUCUCGGUGUGGACAUUCUGAUCGAUGGACAAACUCAUCAAGUGAUCAAAUUCGUGCUUCAUACCAAUCAACCGGGGGAAUAUACGUUCAAUACGUGA